CAAAACUUGGGGGUUCGAAGGAGAAGAGGAAGGAACGAUCGAGUGAAAAUGCGGCCUCAUCUCUUUGCAGCGAAUCGUUGCUUACUUCGUCUUCCAGCGCUGUUUCGACCUUACAACUCCGUUCUCCUUUCUCCGUCUCGUCGUAUUCUUCUCCGAAAAUCCAAUCCUCAGAUUCUCUCUCAAAACGCCUCCUUCUCCUCCCGUUUUGUUCGCAACCUGUGUGUCCGCGCCACCAAUGUCAACGACGCUGGCUCUAUCGAUUCGCCUCUCAUGCAGUCCAUGGAAAAGAAGAUCAAGGAUCAUCUCAAUGCAGAAUCAGUCUCUGUAAAAGAUGCUUAUGGUGACGGUCGGCAUGUUAGUAUUGAGGUUGUGUCAGCUGCCUUUGAGGGACAAUCAGCAGUGAAUAGGCAAAGGAUGGUGUACAAAGCCAUAUGGGAGGAGCUUCAGAGCACAGUUCAUGCAGUUGAUCAGAUGACCACGAAAACCCCUGCUGAAGCAUCUCAAUGAAAUGAUAAAACCUCAUGAACACGCCACAAGCUUAUAUAAGAUAUUGUCCCUGGUACAAGUACUUGUGCUCAUUAUGGAUCUUUAUGUUGCUGUUCUCCCAUAAUGAAUUUUGAAUCCCAAACCUAAGUUAUUGUUCUAACCAAACGUCCAUCACCCAGCUUGUGUGCACUUGUGCAAAUAAUGCACUUGAUGAGGAUAGACUUGUGGUUAUUGCAACUCAUUUUUAUUU